UCUGAUUCUGCGGAAGUGAGGACUAAUGGAGAGUAGUAACUGAAAAAUGAAAUUCCAACCGCGAACUGGCGAAAACCGGUUCUUAGUGGAACCUAUAAAACCGCUUAGUUCACUCGAACUCAACUUCCUUAAACCCCCACUACGCCUCGACGCCCAAAUUCUCUCGAAAACCCUAAUUUAUACUCCUCCUUCUCCCUCUUCCCUCGCCUCCCUGUGUUCCUCUCUGUCUCUGUAAACGGUGCUUCAAUGGCGACACCAUCGUUGGACGAAGCCACCGCCAAGGAAGUCCUCCGACAGGUGGAGUUUUACUUCAGUGAUAGCAAUCUCCCGCGGGACAAGUUCUUAUCGAGCACCGUUGCAUCUAGCGAAGAUGGAUUGGUAAGCCUGGCUCUGAUAUGCUCAUUCAAGAAAAUGAGGGGUUACCUGAAACUGCAAGAGGCCAAGCAGGAUGAAAUCUCAGAGGAUACUUUGAAGGCAGUUGCUGAUACUCUUGCAAAAUCUGCUUCUCUUAAACUCUCUGAAGAUGGUAAGAGAGUUGGUAGGAUUGGUCCUCUAAUGAAACCAGAAGAGUUGGUGGAGCAAUUGGAUGGAAGAACGAUUGCAGCAUCGCCGUUGCCCUAUGAUGUGAGUCGCGAUGCAUUGCUGACAUUCUUCGGUCAAUAUGGCCAGGUCACUAGUCUGAGGUUGCCUAACCACAUAGCUAACAAAAGAGUAUUGUGUGGCACUGCUUUGGUUGAGUUUCCAACCGAUGAAGAGGCUGAGAAAGUCUUAGGUCAAAUCUUGGAAUUUGAAGGUGUACAGCUAGAACUGAAACCAAAGAAGGAAUUCGAUGAAGACAGGCAGAGUAAAUUAGCAGAAUUUAGAGCUGCUAAUCCCCAAUGGAAUAAUGACAAUAACAAAAACUCGAGCCCACAGGCAGAGUACACGAAGGGGUUGAUUGUUGCUUUUAAAUUGAAAAGCAUAUCAACGGGAGAUGAGGCAAAACAGGAUGGCAACCAGGAAUCUGUUAAAGAUGGCGAGACUGGGCCUAAAGCAGCUGAAGAAAUGCCUACAAGUUCCGUGGAGAAAACUACCGAAGAAGGACAGGGGAAGGCUUCAGAAGAUGAUGCCGAUAAUAACAAGGAAGAAGUGGCUGCUAUGGAUACUGAGAAGGUUGAAAAGGCGGAUAAUGAAAAUGUCACUGAAAACAAGGAAACAAAGACUGAUGAGGGGGAGGAGUCAAACAAAGAUUUUGUUGAGAAGAAUGUGAAACAGGGUAACAAAUUUGACCUUUCUGCCUGCAAGAAUGACAAGAACAUCAUGUUGCGAGAGGAUCUCAAGGCUGUCUUCUCUAAAUUUGGCGCUGUGAAGUAUAUUGAUUUUAAAAUGGGAGAGGAUUCAGGAUAUGCGAGAUUCGAGAAACCUGAAGCUGGUCAAAAGGCUCGUGCUGCUUCAAUCUUGGCAGAGGAGGGAGGACUGACUGUUAAAAACUUCAUCGUCUCUUUAGAACCAAUAUAUGGCGAUAAGGAAGCGGAGUAUUGGGCCCAGGUCCGAACCAAUCAAGACAACCGCAAAGCUAGCUUCAGCAAUCGAGGAGGAAGGGGAGGCAGGUUCCACCGUGGCGGUAAGCAUCCUCGUUCUAGGGAUAAUGAUUCGGGAAGAGGUGGUCGUAACAAGUUCCAGAAGGUUGGAGCCUGAGUUUGAAUCUCAGCAAAACCAGCUUUGCUAGGAGAAGACUUCCCAAAAGGAGUAUGAGGUUAUUGAUUUCCCAUGCACAGACCUUGUGAUGAGCUUCUAAUGCCUCUUUAUGAUCUCUCUCUCGCCUAUGCUAUUGUCUUAUGGUGAUUGAGACUAGAGAGGAUGGUGAGGGAAUGAACUGUUUGUUUAGUAAAUGUUUGUUUAGUUAAACUUGGUGAAGUUGUUAUAUUCCGUAGAAAGAAAUUUUGCUUUGAGCCUUUUAUAAUGCAUGGUAUUAUUUGAAGCUUUUUGCUGGCCACCAUUUCCCUUCUUUAGGUAUGGGUCGAAAUUAGCUCUGAUGGUUUUUUUUUUGUUUUUUUUUUUUUGACAAAGAGGUUACUUAUAUUUC